AAACAUAUAGCUGAGAUCAGGGAAAGCGGUUAUUCAGCUGAAGAAUACCAGUUGGCUAAUGGGAGGCUCACAGGAACUGUUCCAGGCGACUUUCUGUUGUUCACAGAUUCAUACAAACACGGGGUAUUUUAUAUGGAUGUUGCUACACAAAGAGUUAAUGCAAUACCUAUUACAAACAUAUCUAAUCCUAUUGCCGUUGACUAUGACUUGCUUGAAGAAAGAAUAUUUUGGACAGAUGUCAUUUUGGCGGAAAUAAACAGUAUUUCCAUCAAUGGUUCCGGACAGAAGAACAUCCUGAAGUCUCAGGGAUCUAUUCUGGAUGGUCUAGCAAUUGAUUCCGAGCUGCGUCUAUUGUUUUAUACGGAUACAGGAAAACAUGAAAUUGUAAAAAUGAAACUAGCUAAAACCGAAAUAACUGUCUUAUUUGAUUCGUCUGUUGAGAAGCCUAGGGAUAUAGAACUCGAUUCAUCUAGAAGAAAACUAUAUUGGACAGACUGGGGUUUGAAUGCAAAAAUUGAAACAGCAUACUAUGACGGGACAAACAGAAAGACUAUCGUUAACACAAAUUUAAAAUGGCCUAAUGGUAUUGCUUUGGAUCAUGAAGCUGAAAUUAUCUACUGGUGCGACGGUGGUACAGGGAACAUUGAAAAGUCAUAUAUUGACGGUACAAACAGGCAAAUUGUGCAUAGAGCACCUGGGUCUCAUUUCUUUGGACUUGCUCUUUACGGUGACAUUCUUUUCUAUACACAUUGGGGAACAAGUUCAGUAAUGACUGUUUCAACAAAUGGGAGUAACUUAAAAGCAUUCGGUCCAUCACAAUUUGGAAGACUCAACGACAUUCAUGUAUUUUCUAAUAACGAUAUAGAUGACUGCCAAUCCCUACCAUGUCAUAACAAUGGUAACUGUACAGACGCUGUCAAUGAUUAUCAUUGUACCUGUAAUGUUGGAUUCACAGGUCGAACAUGUGAAACUGAUAUAGAUGACUGCCAAUCCCUACCAUGUCAUAACAAUGGUAACUGUACAGACGCUGUCAAUGAUUAUCAUUGUACCUGUAAUGUUGGAUUCACAGGUCGAACAUGUGAAACUGAUAAAGAUGACUGCCAAUCCCUACCAUGUCAUAACAACGGUAACUGUACAGACGCUGUCAAUGAUUAUCAUUGUACUUGUAAUGUUGGAUUCACAGGUCGAACUUGUGAAACUGAAAUGACCGAUCAAGUUUCGUAUCUAGAAAAUAGAAAGAUGUACAUGAUCAUUGGAGUAUCCAUAGGAACAGUUUUCAUAGCCAUCAUCAUCGCAUCAGUUGUUGUUGUUGUAAAGAAGAAACGUAAUUCUGGCCCAAGAAUAAACGACACUCAAGCAGAUAAUGGACCCGGACAAGAAUUGGAAAGAGGAGGAAAUCGAAUGAGUACGAGUCAGUUGUAUGUAAACGUUGUAGAAAUAGAAGGGAGAUGGUCAAAUACUGACACGGGUGGAACUGGUGAUGGAUACUAUUCAAUAAUUGAUCAUCCCAGCAGGCACGACAAUAACAUUUACGACAAAAUAGAAUAGUUAUAUUUACGAACGACAUUUCAUAUAUAAUUGGCUUAUGAAGUGUACAAACAAAAAGAAUUUGAUAAAUACAUGUACACAUCAUGCAUUGUUUGCCAUGAUUUAAUAAUUUGAUUAGUUUAACUUCAUUCUUAUCAUAGACCUAGUAAGUACAAAGUCAUAGAUAUGGCUUUGUCAAACAACAAAUUAGUUCUGAACAAUCUUAGCAAAUGUAUUUAUUUAGCCAAUAUUAAAGGAAAUGAUUUAUUGAAUUCAUAUCUUAGACUAUAUCAAUGUUCAUUAUACUGUAAGACACUUUCUUGGUGAAAAAUUACUGUUAUGCAAUAGCUAAUGUCAUACUUAUUAGAGCUUAUUUUCCAUAUUGUACAAACUGAAACAUUCAUUAUACUAUUACAUUUCAGUACCAACCGUGACAACCGUGACUUUAAAUGUAUUACUAGUUGAUGUAUAACGAGAUACAUGUAUAUGUAUAAGUCAAAUAAAACUUUCUCUUCUUUUUCUUCCUAUUCUUCUUCAAUGUAACUUGUAUGAUAAGGUAAAACGAAGGUUUUAAUUAGUUUUAAAAUGGGUGAACGUCAAUGUAAGCUACAUUUUUGCAUUUUAUUUUCACUUUAUGAAUGUUCAAUGAUAUAUUCUUGACACUCAAUGCACUAUAUGUCUUUUGUCAUUUGCAUCUAGUUGAUAGGGUGUAAUUAUUCAAGACUCUUAUUGUCGUUAUUAUUCUUGUUUUCUUUAGUUUGUUUAGCUUGGUAUGGUUCAAUGUCCUUUUUAAUUGUGUUUUUUCUUAGGUGAUUGGCUCUUUCAGACGAAAGUUGACCAAGAAAAUAUUUUGAUUAAAUACAUAUAUGUCGCGAACCGUCCUAAUUAGUAAUGUCCUACCUUUAUAAAUACAACAUGAUCAUAUUGUAGAGGUCAUUGGAGAGGUAAUUAGACCUAUCCACAGUGUUGAGAAUGAUUGCUGGCAGCAUCCAUUUUUGCGUAUCAAAUUGAAACUAAUGCAUCGCAUUUUAAGCAUUAAAUAAUAAGAAUCAGUCUACAAAAAUUGGUUUGCUCAUGCUUUAGGGAGAGCUAAAAUAUAAGUUGUCCUACUUUGAAAAAUCAUCAAUAUCAAUAUGCUAUAGAUUAAUUUCUACGUUAACAAAAUGGGUAUUUUCUGAGCUACAAGAAAUAAUUGUUAUGUCAUUGUUAUGCAAUCAUUGCUAUCACUUCUUUUUGUAUUGAAAAUUUAGAAAUAACAUAAUUUUGCAUGUUAACCAGUUUUACUUCGGCCGAGUAUCUUUUUUAAAGAUACUUCUUGUUUUACUCAUUCGGUUGUAAACUAGGUAAAUUAGGUCAUUAACAGUCCAGGUCAUUGGCACUGCUUAGAUAUGUUUUAGAUAUGAUCAUUCCUUAUCACACAACCGUAGAAUCAGCUUUCCCAGGCAUGCUUGUUCUAAUUAUGGACAUGUCGCGCAACAAGAGUUCUCAAACUUAAAGUACUUUCUUUUAGCCUUUCACCAUCUUCAAAAAUAUCAGAUUUUAUUAAUGAAAUUUCUUACUGCUUUGUCUAUAUACAGGUAACAUGUACUUGGUUGAAAUGUUGAGCUAUUUAAGUUUAUUUUUCUGCUAUUAACAAGUUUACAGAAUAGUUACUCAAAAGUAAGUGUAUCAAUGUCAUGCACCAAAAUAAAAAACAAAUAUAUUUAUAUUUUGUAAGUUUAUGCUGCACUAAUUUGCACUGUUUUUGAUUCAAAAUUGAAAUCUUUUGAAUGAUUUCCUUAACGGCGAAUGACUACAGAAGAAGUCAAUCAAAAGUUCAGACUUCAAUUUUGAAUCGAAAACAAGUUCAUCGAUGGUUGGGUUUUUAAGUGGAGCUUGAAUACUGAAACAAAAAAGAAUUUAUAAGCUUCGAACCCAAUCCUUUUUCAACAAUUCACGUUUGUAUUGUGUACAGUAUUACAGGUAUUUUCUGUAUAUAUUUUGCGAAUUUGUAUGUUGCACUGUUGAACAAAUGUUAUGUUAUUAGGUAAACACACGAGUCCACUUUUACAUAUAACGCUAGCUGCAAACGCAAAUGAAAGGAUAUAUAAGCUGAAAAUUUUGUUGGGGUUCUUUGAGUUUAUUGGAGUUGAAUAGAUGUUGUUGUUGAGUUGAGUUGUUGUAGUUUAAGUGUUUUAGUUGUUUUAAGACUUUUGCUGGUAUAAAAUUACAAUGCAUUAUUUAAUUUUAGUUGAUUUUAUUAUCAUGCUUUCUCUGGACUUAAUAUAUACAAGCAAAGAGUUCUAAAUACAUUUCAGCAAAAACAUGUUUAGACAGAUCAAAGAGUGAUGAAAAUAUACAGAGUAAACAUGUAUAUUUAUUUAUUAUUGUACUUACGUUUGUGCGCCAUUUUGAAUCAUGUGCUUGAGUAACAAUAUCACCAAGAAUAUUAUAUGACCUAGUAAACCGUGUAUGGAAAUUUUGCUGCUUUUUAACAUCGGAAUACCUAACCUCACCUGAACAUUAAACUCGAAAGUUCUGGCAUGUUUAGGAUGAUCAGAAGAUAUAAAAAUAUAUAUAAAAUAGAACACUAAAUUUGAAAUUAGGCCACGGUGCGUCUCGUCUCGAGUCAUGGUCCGCCCUGUCCCAAAAUAUGAUCCGCCCUGUCCAGAGGUAUGGUCCGCCUUGGUACCGUCCGACCUGUCUCACGGUCCGCCUCGUCCCAGGGCCGAAAAAGGGUGUUACAGUAUACAUAGAUAGAUAGAUUAUUCCUUAUCUGAGAGACUGGCGGAAAUAGCCGAUAUUAUGCUAUUGUUCGCAUAUGCAAUUCGACUAAUAAGAAGUUUACUUAAUUUGAACAAUUAAUUAAUCUUCAACAGCUGUAAAAAGACCUCUCGCAUUCUUCUUUUUAAAGAAGCAAACAUGUUUAAUUAAUACUGGAGGAAUAUUAAUCUCUAUCUCGAUUUUUUGUCAACUAUAAUGCCAUCACGCCUUUAUUUUUGUUUAGAAAUUCAUAUUUUAUUAAACUUUGAAUUAA